AUGCCCUCAGCCGCGGCGUUUGAGCGCUUGCUGGACCAUGGCGACGAUCUAGACGACUACGGCCUCGACUCAGACAACCCAUUCGCAUCUCCCCCACCAGAAUCGUCCACCAAGAAGCGAAAAGAGCCCGACUCUGGGCUGGGAAUUGAGGAGGAGGUUUCAGUCCAGAAACGUGCGCGAGUGCCAGCUGUCAAGCUUGACGAAGAGAGACUGCUGGGCCCAGAUGGUAUUCCAAAGCUGAGAAAACGAGCCGCCGGCCUCAAACUAAAAGGCAAGGGUCACGAGUUCUCCGACGCCUCUCGCCUCCUCUCCUUCUACCAGCUAUGGCUGGACGACCUCUUCCCUAAAGCCCGGUUCCUCGACGCCCUCGCCAUGGUCGAAAAAGCCGGCCACAAAAAGGCCCUCGUGACUGGUCGAAACGAAUGGAUCAACGAAGGGCGUCCCAAAGCGAGCAACGACGAUGAAGACGAUGACUUUGACUUUGGGACUGUCGCCAUUUCAGGAGACUCGCAGGCUGCUAUUGCACAAGACACACAGCAGAGGACACAAAGGACGCCAGAGAGGGAUAAUGACGUCCCUGAUGAUGAUGAUCUAUACGACGCUACUCCUCGGGCGCCAAGGUCGACAAAUGCGCUUCGUGUUGCGGCGCCGUCAAACGAUGCCCCCGACGAUGACGACCUGGAGGCGCUCAUGGCUGAAGCCGAAAGCAUGGACAGCCGGCCAGGUCCGGGUGCUCCUACAGCCACUGCCGUCACGAAGCAAAGGAAUCAGCCUGCAGAAGAGGAAGACGAUGAUCUUGAUGCCCUCAUCGCCGAGGCAGAGGAGCAGGAUCGAUCCAGCGGGCAGCCGACCGGGAAGAAUACGGGUAGCAGCAGCGCUUCAGCAGGCAAGGGGCACGAUUUUGCGGACGAGGAGGAAGCCAUGCAGGAGAUGGAGGGGCUGUGGUGAGAC